AUGGAGGUCGAGCUCGUAACGACGACAUCGCGUGCCAGACCAGGGCCACGUCUGGUUCCCAUAGGCAAAGGGGCGGAGUUGAAAGAAACUGAAUUCUGUACGAGCACGUUUGUGACGUCAGAACGUAAAGCUGAGCUGUCCACGUUGUUGAAUCUCACGGAACGUCAAAUCAAAAUCUGGUUCCAAAAUCGACGUGCCAAGGAUCGCCGUGAUAAACACAAGAAAUCCUAG